AUUAGCCGGCCGUAAUAGCUGCCGUCGUGGCCGCAUCGUGGCGUUGAGUGUCCGUGGAAACGCGGGGCGUAUUUGUAUAAAGUACAGAUUCUUUUUGGUUUUGACAGUUCUUUCAAAUGUGUUUGGAGACCGUAGUUUUAGUAUCUGAUAUUGCAUUAUUGCUGCAUAUAUUUACAUUAAAAGAAAUACGCUUGGAAUAAACCGCAAGAAAGUGCGUGGUGAAUGUCUUCGGAAUGAGGAAAAAGGAAAUAUCAUAAUGAAGGGUCUUUUGGCCCAAUAUGUGUAUGUGGCUUUUGUAGUAGCAACAUAUUGGGUAGUAUCUAUAUGCACUGUAUUUGUAAACAAAAUUUUACUAAGUGGCUCUUCCGUGAAUCUUGAUGCUCCGUUAUUUAUGGCAUGGUUCCAGUGUGUAGUGUCAGCAUGUUUAUGCCUUAUACUCAGUACUUUGGGAAAACAUUUUCCAAAUCAUGUCAAGUUUCCAACAGAAUCACCAUUGAAAAGAGAGUUAGUUGUGAAGGUUAUACCACUAUCUAUGCUCUUCACUCUGAUGAUCACUUUCAAUAAUCUUUGCUUAAAGUAUGUUGAUGUUGGUUUUUACUACAUUGGGCGGUCUCUGACAACAGUCUUUAAUGUGGUCUUAAGUUAUGUCAUUUUAGGGCAGAAGACGUCUUUACCUACUCUAGUCUGUUGUAGUGUAAUUGUUGGAGGUUUUUGGCAAGGUGUUGUGCAAGAGGAUGUUGCAGGUUCCCUGUCAAUAUCAGGAAUGGUCUAUGGAAUACUGAGUUCUUUGUUCUUAUCUUUGUACUCCAUCUACACAAAGAGAGUUUUACCACAUGUAAAUCAAGAAAUAUGGCUUCUGUCAUAUUGCAACAAUGUGUACUCGUGUAUUCUAUUCCUACCAUUGAUUCUUAUCAACAAAGAAAUUCCAGAAAUUUACAAAUAUGAGAAAAUAUUUGAUGUGGUGUUUUGGACAUUGAUGUGUAUUGGAGGAAUCUGUGGCUUUGCCAUAGGAUUUGUUACAGCUCUUCAAAUUAAGGUGACAUCACCUUUGACGCACAACAUUUCUGCCACUGCUAAGUCAUGUGCACAAACUGUUUUGGCCUCGUACAUUUAUCGAGAGAUAAAACCCUGGGCUUGGUGGAUAUCCAAUUGGGUUGUAUUGGGAGGCAGCGCUGCAUAUACAUGGGUCAAGCAGAGAGAAAUGGAAGCAUCGUAUGUGUCGAAACCAUCUGUUAAUGUGUAAUGCAAUGUUUGGAUGUGUGUGUAUGUGUAUGAGUAAAUGGAGAAUUUUUAGCAUUUCUUUUGUUGGAACACACAAUGUUUCCCGUAAUAUUUAUUUAAUAGUCCUUAGAAUAGCAAAAAACAGAAGUUGUUUGCAGCACAAUUGGUAGGGUAGCUGGUCUGUUGCUGGGUGACUGAAAUUGAAUUUAUAAAAAGAAUAUUCUAGUUUCUGAGAAGCAAAUUCUCCAGAGAAUAUAUGAAGUUUAUAGUUUUGGGGAAGACUUUUACUUAUAGUAUUUGAAAUCUGAUAUAAGAAGAGAGUGUGAAAAAACUAAGAAUUUUGGCAAAUGUACCAUUAGCAAAGAAUUAUGGCCUAAUAUACUGAUUGCAUAUAACCAAAGAGGCAGAAAAUCACUGUUGCGCAACUUAACUUCAACAGCCUUCAUUAAAAUGGACCCAAAGGGUAGCUCGAAUUUCUGAGAUAAAAAUAAAAUUACAAGAAUUGGAAAAUAGUCUUCAGAAAAAAGUUACAUUGAUGUGAAAGGAAAAUAAAAUUUAGGAAGAAAUAUUAUAGUCGAAAAAAGGUCAUCAGAUGUAAGACAUAACGUAUGUUUUCAGUAUUUGCCGUGGAACUUUGUUCUAGAUCAUGUGAAAUUUCCAUUGGUCAAUUUCUUUUCAUUUUGUACAUUUUGAUUCUCUGUAUCCACUAUUUGACAUUUCUUAUAGCCUUCGUCUAACUAAUCAUGAAGAAUUGAAUAGUUAAUUUCAGAAACCCGUCAAACGCCAAAAUCUAAAACACAUUAGCAACAAAUUAUUGUUCCAAGACAGUAGUCACAUUGUAUUGUGCGUAUUUAUAUGAAAAACAUUCAUUUGUCAACUGCUUUAAUAAAUAAAAAUAUUAUGAAAUAAGGAAAAUUGGGAGACUUUUUGUCAGCUUUCUCAAAAUGAGGAGCUGUGCGUUUGACGGGUUUCUGAAAUAAACAAUUCAAUUAUUUUGAACUACCUGAAAGAGUCUGUCAUUUCACAAACAUUUGUUAUAAUCAGUGGUUAGAAAGAAAAACAAAUUAUAUCUACAAAGUAACAUGGAUUAACGAGAAUGCAAGUAUGUACUAUUAUUGCCUUUAUAACAGGUUUUGUUUUGGGCAUACACAGUUGAGAAUUACUUUACCGGCAUGUAAUACUAAUAAGGGGCAUGAUGUCAGAAAUUUCAUGUGUUGUUAAAUAAAAUUAAAAACCCUGUUAAAUGAAUUUUCUCUCUUAAGUGCUCAUUGGCAAAAAGUUAUCAUCUUUUGCCUCCUUAAUGCCCUGUAAGUUUGCAUUAUUUAUUCGGAACCACUCUGUGGAAUUAAGAAACAAAACAUUCAUUAAUCACCAGUAAUUUAUCAAUUUCAAAUACUGAUUGUGGAGGAGAAUACUGUCAUAUGGCAUCACAGCUGUCAAGAGUGAAUAAUAGGAAGUACACAAAAAAUCUCACACACAUCAUGGAGUUGAGUUUGCCACAGUCAGUCACCCAUCUACCUCUGUGCUGUUAUCAAAGUCCUUAGGAAUGGACCAUCACCAUAUAAAUAAGAAUGUUAGACUAGACUUUACCCCAAAUUACCCACGGGCAUUUUGUGGAAAACAAAGAGGUGUAUUAAGCCACAAGACACUUUGCUAUUGGCAGUUGAUGUGUACCAGGAUGUGUCAGCUUAUUGGUGGGUACGUUCUAGGGUCAUCGAUUGCUGUUCUGGAGGUAGUGGUAGUAGUAGUAGUGAAAAGUAGUAGUAGUUGAUAAUGUUGGUAGGAUAAUGUUCAACGGAACAUGUUUUGGGCCUAUUUCUGUAAUGAUACAGGCUGAAUUUUACCAGUGCUAUCUGCAGUCAACCUAUUACUGUAGUAAUAAAGACAAACAUUGACACCUUUAUUCAGUUUAUGCUGCCAAUAAUAUCAGCACAAACCAAUUGACUUGGCCUGUCGCAACCCCUCAAAAAAAAAAGUGAAGAUUCUUUACACAAACGAGUCUUUUAAUGGACUUCAUUCUAAGUGUAAUGAGUUACUGACAUCAUAUGGGUUAAAAUCAUGAAGACAGAGAACAAGAGGGUAAAUUCCAUGACAUGUAUUUUUAAACAUCCAACAUCACUAGUUCAAACAGUGGUGAUGGCAUUAGACAUGAAUUGAAACAAACUGCAUUUAUAGGUGAAAUUGUAUGUGAUAUGGAGAAAAAUCAGAAACAAUAAAAUUGUAGUGACUAAAGUGGAGUAUGUAAAUGUCAAAAAAAUAUUAAAACAAUCAAAAUUUUGAUGGUCAUAGAAUUAACAUAUGAUAUUCAAUUAUAGAACCAUCAAAAGGCUUUAAUAUGAUGUGAUGAAAAGAUCUAUAGUCUUCAACUGUCAUAGUCUUUCACACACUGUUUUACUCUCUAUCCUGAAAAUCAAGGCAGUUAGUGAUGUAGACCCUCUGACCUCUAAAAUGUAAAGAAAACCUAUUUAAUCUUCAAAAGUGUACAUGUAAUUUUAUUCAAGACAUGUUGAUUUAUGAAGAUUUAAGACACUGUUGAAUAUAUAUCCUAGGUUUUUAAAAAUGAAACUUGUAGAA